AUGAGCUGUGCUGAGUCUCAUAAGGUGGCUACUCUUUCCUCAAUUCCUCUGAAGAACACCAGUCCCCCUCAAUCACAUGUUAUCUACAAGAAGAUGUCCCGUGAUAAGGCUGUGACUAUCUAUCUGGGAAAACGAGACUUCAUUGAUCACAUAGAUGGCGUGGAACCUGUAGAUGGUGUCUUGUUAGUGGAUCCCGAGAUCGUCAAGGGAAAGAAGGUGUAUGUGACUCUGACCUGUGCUUUCCGGUAUGGCCAAGAAGACAUUGAUGUGAUGGGUCUGACCUUCCGAAAGGAUCUUUUUUUCUCUAGGAUACAGUUGUACCCACCAGUGGAAAAACGGGAAUCUCUCUCCCAAUUGCAGGAAUGUCUGAUGAAGAAGCUGGGGAACAAUGCUUACCCCUUUGUUUUAACAUUUCCAGACUAUCUGCCCUGUUCAGUCUCCCUGCAACCAGCCCCUCAUGAUGUUGGGAAGUGCUGCGGGGUGGACUUUGAGGUGAAAGCUUUCUGUACAGAGAAUGUGGAAGAGCGAAUUCCCAAAAGGAACUUUGUGCGCCUGUUGAUCCGUAAAGUACAGUACGCCCCAGAAGAACCAGGACCCCAGCCUCAAGCUGAGACCACCUGGCAGUUUUUCAUGUCCAGCAAGCCACUGCACCUGAGAGCACGUCUGAGUAAAGAGGUGUUUUACCAUGGCGAGCCCAUUCCUGUCACUGUCACCGUGACCAACAAUACAGAGAAAACAGUGAAGAAGAUCAGAGUGCUGGUGGAGCAAGUUGCCAAUGUGGUUUUGUACUCGAGUGACUAUUACACGAAGGCGGUAGCAAUGGAGGAGGUGCAGGAGAAAGUGCAGCCAAAUAGUACCAUCACCAAGACAUUGAUACUUCUGCCCUUGCUGGCAAAUAACCGUGAGAAACGGGGCAUAGCACUCGAUGGAAAGUUAAAGGAUGAAGACACCAACUUGGCUUCCAGUACCAUUAUUAAGGAUGGGAUAGACAAGACAGUGCUGGGGAUUCUGGUUGCCUACAAGGUGAAGGUGAAACUCAUUGUCUCAGGCAUGCUGGGAGAUCUCACCUCCAGUGAAGUCAGCACAGAGCUGCCAUUCCGUCUCAUGCACCCCAAGCCUGAGGAACCGAACAUAAGAGUGCCCAGGAUGAAGACCUGGUAUUUGAGGAGUUUUCUCGUCAACAGCUGCAAGAUUUGGAUGAAGACGAGAAUAAGGCUGUUUCUCCAAAUGAUGAGUGAUUUGGAGAACAGGCUUCUGGAGGAGCUACGGGGUCUGAUGGUAGUUACAAACACGUUAGGAUGUAGUUUUUUGUUUGUAUUAAACUGCCAGGUCUUGCUGUUGUAA